AACGCGCAGACACACAGACCGCGUUACCUCGUGCGCUCGGACCGCGUCGCGCGCUGCUGGGAGUUCACUAGCGAGACUUCAGUUCCCCGUCGCUCAAGGACAGAUAAAGCGAGAGAGUGGUGUUUUUUCUUUUUUAGAUUAACAGAGGAAGAAUUAGGUCAUCGCAUUCUGUUCGAAGUGUUGGGCUCAUCAUGAAGAUGUGCGUGAUAACAGCGAUGCUUUUCCUGGUGCUCUCCGGGCAGUGCGGCAUCCUGGCUGGGAAAGUGAAUAAGCACAAACCAUGGAUCGAGACGUCUUACCAUGGUGUCAUCAGCGAGAACAUGGACACUGUACUGCUAGACCCUCCCCUGGUCGCACUGGACAAAGACGCUCCUGUCCCUUAUGCAGGAGAGAUCUGUGCUUUUAAGAUUCAUGGGCAGGAGGCCCCGUUUGAGGCCGAGGUGUUGAACAGGACAUCGGGAGAAGGGGUGCUGAGGGCCCGGGGCCCCAUAGACUGCGAGCAGCAGAAGGAGUACACCUUCAUCAUCCAGGCCUACGACUGUGGAGCCAGCCCGAGUGGAGCCAACUGGAAAAAGAGUCACAAGGCGGUGGUUCAUAUCCAGGUGGAUGAUGUAAAUGAGUUUUCCCCAGUGUUCAGGGAGCCGUUGUAUCGUGCCACUGUAACCGAGGGCAAGAUCUAUGACAGCAUCCUACAGGUGGAGGCCUGGGAUCAGGACUGCUCUCCACAGUACAGCCAAAUCUGCAACUAUGAGAUUGUUACACAGGAGACACCUUUUGCUAUUGAUCGAAAUGGCAACAUCAGGAACACGGAGCGACUGAGUUAUGACAAACAGCAGCACUACAAAAUAAUGGUGACUGCUUACGAUUGUGGCCAGAAGAGGGCGAUGGAGAGCGUUCCGGUUCACAUUGAUGUCAAACCAGUGUGCAAGCCUGGCUGGCAAGGUUGGAACAAGCGUGUGGAUUAUGAACCUGGAACCGGCAGCAGACAGCUCUUUCCCAAGAUGCACCUGGAGACCUGUGAUGGUCCUUUAUCUUCAGUGCGAGCCAUGGUGGAGCUUCAGACCAGCCAUAUUGGGAAGGGCUGUGACAGAGAGACCUAUUCUGAGAAGUCUCUUCAGAAGCUCUGUGGAGCAGCCUCGGGCAGCACAGACCUUCUCCCGGCCCCCAGCGUGUCCACCAAUUGGACGGCUUCCUUGCUGACAGACAGUGGCCGAGACAGCGACCUCAUCUUCAGAUUUGAUGGGCGACAGGCAGCCAAUAUCCCAGAGUGGGUUGUGCCACAGAACUUGACAGAUCAGUUUACCAUAGCAACAUGGAUGAAGCACGGGCCAAGUCCUGGACUGAGAGCCGAGAAGGAGACGUUGCUCUGUAAUUCAGAUAAAACUGAGAUGAACAGGCAUCACUACUCCCUGUACGUGCACAACUGCCGUCUGGUGUUUCUGCUGAGGCGAGACUUCAUUCAGCUGGACUCCUUCAGGCCGGCAGAGUUCCACUGGAGACUGGAACAGAUCUGUGACAAAGAGUGGCAUUACUACGUCAUCAACGUGGAGUUUCCUUCAGUGACGCUCUUCGUAGACGGAGUGACUUACGAACCCUACCUUGUGACCGACGACUGGCCCAUCCACCCUUCUGAGAUCGAUGUACAGCUAACCGUAGGUGCCUGCUGGCAAGGAGGAGAGGUGACCACUCCACGGUUCACUCAGUAUUUCCGGGGAAGCCUCUCAGGCUUGACUAUCAGACCUGGAAAGAUUGCAACUCAAAAGGUGAUCUCCUGCCUACAGGCUUGCAAGGAGGGUCUGGACAUCAGUUCACUUGAAAGUCUGGGCAAAGGCAUAAAGUUCCACUUCAACCCGGCUCAGUCAGUGCUGGUCAUGGAGGCAGAUGACUUGGAGAGCAUCAACACAGCCAUGACAAAAGUUUCCUACAUCAACUCUCGGCAGUUUCCCACUCCCGGUCUGCGCAAACUCCACAUAACCACCACAGUUCAGUGUUUCGGUGAAGAUACGUGCAUCUCCAUUCCAGACAUCAAGGCGAUGGUGAUGGUGAUGCCGCCCAGCGAACCUCGGAUCACCAUUGCCGGAGUGAAGUGGCUGGUUUGGCCCGUAGCUCAGCUCCGAGCUCCUGUCGGAGUGGCCCUUUUCAAGGACAUACACAUCAUUAGUACCGUCACCAAGACCGACGCCACCCUCAGCAUAGUCCGGAGGCCUGGCGUCCUGGAGUUGAUGCAUAACCUGGAUUAUUGUGAUGUGCUGGUGAUCGGAGAGGAGCUGGACCCGGAGUGGGAGAGUCUGGAGAUCCACCACAGCUCUCUCUUGGGCAAACAUCUGGAUGCCACCAACUCUACCUCUGGCAUCUCCAUCUAUGGUGUUGACUCCAUGGCGCAUUAUGAACAGGCCAUCAGGCAGGUGAGGUACCGUAACUGGAAGCCUGGCGGUCUGUCUGAGAGAAGGUUCCGGCUCAGUUGCUCUGAACUGAAUGGACGCUACACAAGCAAUGAGUUCAACUUGGAGAUUGGAGUAGUGCACAACUCAGAGGCUGCGGAACAUGUCAAUCACAUGGCCGUCCAAUCCCAGUACAUGAGACCUGUGCAUCAUCCACUGGUGGUUCAUACGGCCGACUCUGAUCACAUCUCAGGCACACCUCCUGCUGCCACAGUGGUCAUUGUAAUGUGCAUCGCUGCUCUGGUGGUCAUUGUGGUCUUGGGCAUCUACCGCAUCCACACCACCCACCAGGACGGCUCAAAAGAGGACGAAGAGGGAAGAAAAGACCCAGAGAUGGACUGGGACGACUCCAAUCUCAACAUCACUGUUAAUCCCAUGGAGAGCAUCGACGGGACUCAGAUUGCUGAGGAGGUGAGAGAGGAGGAGCCAGAGGAAGAGGAGGAUGAAGACGAAGAGGAUGAUGAACUGUCAGGAGAUCUCUCUAGUGCUGAAUCCGAGGACACUGAUGAAGAGGAGGAGACUAACAUUCUGAAGGGAAAAGUGAAUGGAAAGCUGGAGUGGGACCCGUCUACGUUACCCUAUUAAAACACACACACAGUCUCUCUCUCACACACACACACAUGCAUACACUUUCACACAAGCAAGAUUCACACGCAGACAUAGACUUGUGCACACACACGUACACGUAUAUACAUGAAACACUCGCAUUUAAUGCCCUCUCACACUUACAGAAGCCAGAAUUUAUUGCCUGAAAAGCUGUCCAACUUCAACCUGAUUUUGACUCUGUCCAACAGCCACAAAAAGCAUCCUGUACCGCCAUCUGCUGGUCAAUAUUGGGACGCGCACCCCUCGGUCCAAACGCUGCGAAGCCUCUAUGUUCUUCUGUAGUGUAUAAGCUGCAGUGUCUCAGUAGAUCUGCAAAAAUGAAAGAUAAAUUGACACAAUGGAAUAAAUUGUGAAUCAACAUCUCUGGGAUGUUUUUUUUUUUUUUUUUCAUGUUUACUGUUUUUUGUGCGUUUUGUGUUGAUUAAUCAGAUUAUAAUCUAACAUCAUGAUGCUUUCUCCCUUUCUGAAAUACUAAACUGUAAUAUUUGACAGUGUGGCUAUGCCUUCACCAUUUGUUGUCUUCAGAGUAACGUUUAAUAUUGCAUUGAUGUGCAAUAGUAAAUACCCAAAAGUUGUUUUUUCAAUGAAACUAUAUAAUAAUGAUAUUUUCUUCAUUUGAAAUUUAGAAAAUAGGUUUAUUGUAGAUCCUCAGAGAGAUUUUGAUUGAGAUGUUCUCUUUAAACAAAAGGUAUAUAAUAAUUUAUGGAAGCUUGUUUCCGCUACAGAAUAAAAAAUCUAAAAAAAUA